UGAAAUUUAAUCAAAAUCUGCCAAGAUUGCAUUUAAUGACAGCAUCUACAGUACUUGGCUUCCCUGUUGUCUUUUCAGCUAUCUCCCGUGAAAAGGCAGUGGAGCUUCUUAGGAAAUGUCUGGAGGAGCUCCAGAAGCGCUUCAUCUUGAAUCUGCCAACUUUCAGUGUUCGAAUCAUUGACAGAAAUGGCAUCCAUGACCUGGAUAAUAUCUCCUUCCCUAAACAGGUCUCCUAACAUCAUGUCCUUUCUUCCACUUGCCACAGAACUUUUUUGAAUGGCUCCUUUAAUUUUUUCUACACUUUUGGUGUACAUAAUUGAUAGAUGUUUAAUUCAGAAUAAAGCUGAAUGUGGAUAAAUUGA